AUGGCACUCCAGACCGCAUCAGCCAUGCAAGACCCAAGCAUCCCCUCAGCCGAUGGAACAUGCCACCUCCUCCGUCUUCCGCGGGAACUGCGCGACAUCAUCCACGAACUAACAUUACUCGGCAACCCCUUCCCCAUCGGCCCCUACAUCGGCAGCGACAUGCACAAAAGACUCCUCCACUGGCUCGUCCGAGGCUUCAAAACUUCCCCCAACUACUGCACCUUCUUCCUCACCUGCAAGACCCUCCACGACGAGGUGCUCUGCGCAUACUUCGCCACCCGUACCUUCUACUGCUUGUACCAGUCGCAGCUCAUCUCGUGGCUUGAUGCGCUCCCCACUGGAUACCGCUCGGCGCUACGCAGCAUACGUGUCCACCCGGAAGUCUUCGUACCUGAGAGCAAGGACCCACUGUCGUUCAGGUGGCUCAAACUCAACCAUGAUGGGAGAGCCCAGGCCGCGGCGCAGGAAUUGAGCCUGCUGGAGGCGUUCCGGGUGGAGCUGGAGGCACAAGGAAUCUUUCUCAAGCGCGGUGUGUUGAAGGCGAAUGUAUGGGUUGGGAAAGGCAGCACUGGCCGUUUCAACCCCUGGAACCUGGAAUUCGGCAUCUUUGAGUGGAAAGCAUGA